GCUGCUGGAUCAGUGGGUGGUGGUUCACAGUGCUGACUGGCUGCUGCUGCACAGACUCCAGAAGGCGGACUCCAACCUGCUUUACAUACACAGGCAGCAAAGAGCCUGCUCUCUCUUUCUGUGUGUCAUACACACACACACACACCGUCUCUCUGGGAAAGUGCGAUGUCUUCUCCCAGCGCUUCCUCCAACCCUCUGAGCACCCUGGCGCCUAAAAGGAAGACCAAGAAGAAACACUUUGUGCAGCAGAAGGUGGAGGUGUUCCGAGCCAGUGACCCCGUGCUGAGCGUGCUGACGUGGGGAGUCAAUCAUUCGAUGAAUGACCUGAGCCAGGUGCCCGUACCUGUCAUGCUGCUCCCAGAUGACUUCAAAGCCAGCACCAAGAUAAAAGUCAACAACCACCUCUUCAACAAAGAGAACCUUCCAGGACAGUUCAAAUUCAAAGAGUACUGCCCGCAGGUGUUCAGAAACCUGCGGGAACGGUUUGGCAUUGAGGACCAAGAUUUCCAGGUUUCUCUGACCCGUGGCUCUCCACUUAAAGACGAGGAGGGCAAAUGCGUGGGGCUGCUGACGUCAUAUGACCGCACUUUGGUCGUAAAAGAAAUAUCCAGUGAAGAGGUGGAGGAAAUGCUCAGCAUCCUCCCCAAGUAUCACCAGCAUAUUGUCACCUGCCAUGGCAGCACACUGCUCCCUCAAUUCCUGGCCAUGUACAGAGUCACUGUGGAGAGUGAGGACACUUCGCUGUUAGUGAUGAGGAACAUGUUCAGCCACAGACUGCACGUGCACAAGAAGUAUGACCUGAAGGGUUCACUGGUGUCUCGUGAAGCGAGUUUUAAAGAGAAGGUCAAAGAGUUGCCCACUUAUAAGGAUGUAGACUUCAGGAAUAACAUGCAGAAGAUUUAUGUGAGCGAUGAGGAGAAGAAGAAGAUUAUGGACAAGCUCAACAGAGACAUUGAGUUUCUAGUACAUAUGAAGAUCAUGGACUACAGCCUGCUGCUGGGUAUCCAUGAUGUUGAGCGGGCUGAGAGGGAGGAGGAAGAGGAGAUGGAGUCUUCCUAUGAGGAGGAAGAGGAGGAUGAAAAUGGCCUGUCUCACGCUCCGGGCUCCAUCUCCCCCGAAGGAAUCGCUGGCUACAUGAACUCCUUUAAACCCAUGGGUCCUGGGGAGUUCGACCCGUAUGUGGAUAUGUAUGCCAUUCAGAGCGCUAUAGGUGCACCCCGGAGGGAGGUGUAUUUUAUGGGUUUGAUUGACAUGUUGACAGAGUACGACACCAAGAAGAAAGCUGCUCAUGCUGCCAAGGCUGUCAAACAUGGGGCAGGGGCUGAAAUCUCAACGGUUCAUCCAGAGCAGUACGCAAAGCGUUUCAGAGAGUUCAUCACUAAGAUCUUCGCCUAGUUCAAGGAGUCAUCAGCAUUUAAUACACAUGGCAUUGAACUGUGCAAUACUUAUGCAACAUCCAAUCAGCACUGAAAAUCGUCUGUUAAAUAAUCCAUGAGGUUUUCGAAUAUUUAUGAUUCAAAUUAUUCUGCACUGCAAGAUGGACUGUACAUUUACUAAAGUACAAACUGUCUUGUUGGCAAGUGGUUGCUGUUGAUAGGUUUCUUUUGUUUUCACUUAAAGCUCUAGCUUUAAGUGAUCUUUUAGAGUGCUGCAAGAAAACAUCUCUGAUAAAAAUGUAAAGAUGAUUAGAAAAGCAA